AUGCCUGCUGUGUUCCCUGUGAGCCGAGACGUGGAGAUCCUGGACGACGGGGAGACCAUCAGAGACUUCAUAGACCACAAAAUAAUCCAGCUGGAUUCAGCAGGGAAUCAACAGCCGUUCUACGUGGCCAGUCUGGACUGUGUGCUGAAGGCCUACCUCAGGUGGACCACCAACCUGCCCCGGGUCCAGCCUUUCUAUGCAGUCAAGUGCAACAACACUCCAGCAGUUCUCUGGCUGCUGAGCGCUCUGGGUUCAGGCUUUGACUGUGCCAGCAAGGGCGAGAUCGACCUGGCUCUGUCUCUUGGGGUGACGCCAGAUAAGAUCAUUUAUGCACAUCCCACCAAGCCAUCGUACCACAUCCGAUACGCCUGCUCUCAGGGCGUGGACACCAUGACGUUUGAUAAUGAGGAGGAGCUGCUGAAAAUCUCUUCUUUCCACGCCCACGCCAAAUUAGUUCUACGCAUUGCUGUUGAUGACUCCAAGUCAGAGUUGAAACUCAGUCCAAAGUUCGGAGUGCCACUGUCCUCUGCUGGUAAACUGUUGGAACGAGCUGCACAGCUGGGUCUACAGGUCACCGGGGUCAGCUUCCACGUGGGCAGUCGGUGCACAGAAAGCUCGGCCUUCAAGCAGGCCAUAGCAGAUUCCCGACACGUCUUCGAUAUAGCGAGAUCGUUGGACUUCAAGAUGAGCCUCCUUGAUAUCGGCGGCGGGUUCAGUGGAACGGAUGACUCUGUGAGCUUUGAUGAGUUUUCAGAGGUCAUUAAUGAGGCGCUGGAUGAACUCUUCCCUCCUGACAGCGGGGUGAGGAUUAUCGCAGAACCAGGCCGAUACUGUGUGGAGUCAGCGUUCACACUGGCAGUGAAUGUCAUCGCCAAGAGAGCCGCCGUUAAUGAAACGGAUGGAAGCAACGAGGCUGGAAACAGAAGGAUGGAGUACUACAUCAACGACGGCGUGUACGGCUCCUUGAACUGCAUCCUCAACUUUCCUGAAAACAUGAAGAUCGAACCACAUCUUCACAGGGCCGUGGGGGACAGCGAGCCCCGGCUCAAGUCUCUCCUCUGGGGUCCGACCUGCGACUGUGUGGACAAAGUCCUGGACAGCGUGUGGAUCCCAGAGCUCCGGGUGGGGGACUGGCUGCUGCUGGACAACAGCGGAGCGUACACCUCCAGCCUCUGCAGCGACUUCAACGGCUUCGAAAGAGCGCUCACGUUUCCUGUUAUGACUGCUGACGCCUUCAACACGCUGAUCCGUCCACACUGCAGCCCAGAGCCUGAGGGGCCCGAGGGGCCGGAGGGGCCCGAGGGGCCUGAGGGGCCGGAGGGGCCCGAGGCGGGGCCUCAGGGGCCGGAGGGGCCGGAGGGGCCCGAGGGGGGGCCUGAGGGGCCGGAGGGGCCCGAUGGGGGGCCUCAGGGGCCCGAGGGGCCGGAGGGCCGCCACAUUUCAAACUUCCUGUUAUUCUUCUGA